GCUCUUGCCCUGGCUCUGAUCUGCAACAGACAGCACCAGCACCAGCACCAGCACCAGCAAGCCCGCUUCUGUUCUCACUCUGGAUCGCUCGAUCGUGGGGCUACUAUCGCUUCUCUGCAACAAUGUCGUCUGAAGGUGGAAUGCAUGGCCGCAAGCGCCAAGCCAAAGUCGCUGGCCAGAGCGAAGAAGUCCUCGCCAAAGCUCGGGCCAAGGAGCAGGAGGGCAUCCGGGAAUUUCUCCGUCUGACGCAAGCAGCACAUGAAAAGCGCUCAUCCAAGGAAUAUGACGAGCAAGCCUUUGGGAUCACCACAACCAUCUUGGACUCAAGCCCGGAUUUCUACACCAUUUGGAACAUCCGACGGGAGAUUUUGAAUCACUGGCUCGGACCCAUGACCGAGGAAGAACAGCAGGACAUCAUGAAUAAGGAGCUUCAGUUCAGCGAUCUCUCGAUCCGAAAGGCACCCAAGUCUUACUGGGUGUGGAACCACCGCGGAUGGAUUCUGUCGCAUCACCCACGCCCGGACUGGGGCCGCGAGCUGAAGCUCGUCACCAUGAUGCUGGAUAUCGAUGCACGCAACUUUCACGGAUGGGACUACCGCCGCCACGUUGUUGCAUCGGGCAACUUCCCGGCGCUGUCCGAGUUUGAUUUUACCACAAAGAAGAUCAACCAGAACUUUUCCAACUUUUCGGCGUGGCAAUAUCGGGCCAAGGUCAUCCCUAGAGCCUUCCCUGAUCUGGCGGAGCGCCAAAAGAUCAUCGAGAAAGACUUUGAUAUGGUGCGCAACGCCAUCUUCACAGAGCCCGCAGACCAGAGUGCGUGGCUUUACCAGCGCUGGCUCCUUGGCGAAGAUAAGCAACAGCCCCAAAUCACGAGCGUCCACGGCAAGCUGGACCCGGAUGGCAACCUGAUCCUUGCGCUGUUCUUGGACAAAGAGAUCUGGGUCAAGAACAGCGAGUGCAUCCAGGUGUACGCAGGCGACGGGAUCCUCAGCACCCACUCUGCAACCAAGAGAGGAUAUGUUACCGUGGUGCACACUCAGCUUGCUCUGGGCGGCGAGCCUGCCCUGUCUCCGCUCAAAGUCGUGGUGGACCAUGGUAUCUUCCAGGGCUCCCGCACUGGUGCAGAAACCUCCCAAUCGGUGUUCAAGAUUGACCGCAUUCAAGAUGUCCUGGCUGAGUCCGCGGUUCAGCUCCGCCUUGAGCAAUCGGGCGUGGCUCAGGAAGCCUCGCCAGUCAACGAGAUUUUCCAGUCGGUGGAGACCUGGAAACGAGAGCUCGAAGCGAUCCAGGAACUUGUUGAAGUUGAGCCCGACAGCAAGUGGGCACUCUUGACAGUAGUCCACAUCAUGAAGCGGCUUGGAUGCCACGAUCAGCAGGCCAUCCAACAUCUUGAUCACUUGGCCAAGAUUGAUCCGGCCCGCAAGGAAUACUACCGAGACUAUAAGUCGCAUUUCAUCGCAAACAGCGUCUCCAAGGACAAAUACGAUCCUGUCACCCGAGCCAUGUCUCUCGGCGGUCUGGGCUUGACCACGCUCUGCCCUGCUAUGGGGAUCCAGGACUCGAUCCAGACCCUGCAGCUUGACGUUAGCGCAAAUUCACUCCGAAGCUUGGACGGGCUGCAUCGGUUCCCGUUCGCCAAGUCGGUGCGUGCAGCCCGGAACGGCAUCCGCAGCAUCGAAGGCGUCGUGGACCUCCUGGAGCUGGAAGAGCUCGAUCUCUCAUUUAACGAGAUUCGCACCGUGGAUGGCCUCGACCCUCUCUCCCAGUGCAGACGACUGAGCAGCUUGCACCUCCGAGGCAAUCCGAUUGUCGAUGCCGUUGGACACGAUGCGCUCAAACGUGAGCUCAAGGCCCGAAUCCCGCACUUGGCGAGACUGGACGAUGAGGCGCUGUGAGAUGCUGCCCAGCAGCCUGGAGUGGGACGGCUCUGAUCGUGAGACUGGCGGGUACUUUGACACCCUGGAUAUACUCGAGUUGUUUUCGUGAGCACAGCCCCUGCCCGCAAGCAAAUGCUUACCAA